UCUCUAGCCAGAGCGUUCACCACCCGCCGGGCCAAGGUGUUUGGGGGUGAUGGAGAGGGCAGGCCAACCAGAAGCAACACUGUGCGGACCAAGAUAUCAGGGCCAGGCCCCAAGAUCUCAGCACCAACAGAACUGAUUCACACCACCAACAUGCUGUCAUACGACGCCCCGGAUAUCCACAAGGAGCCCAAGACGGCCACAUCCUACUCGUCCAUGUCGCUUGGGUCCGAGGGCGACUCGGACCGCAGCCCAACCGCAGCGUCUUCACCGCCAACCAGUCCUGAUUCGGCUUUCCCGCACGGCGGUGACCUGCACGACGAUGAUAAGUCUCCCGUCGCACCCGAGCCGAAUCAUCUUUCCUGCUACUUCACCCUUCCUGGCCAGACCUCGACUGUGAAUGCGCCAGCUGUGCCGGCGAUCCCCAAGCGAGCGCCGUCCCACACCAAGCGGUCAUUCGAGCCUCUGAGCCGGAGAACAGAUUCUCUAAGCCGGAAGGCGUCUCAAUCCAGCCGGUCCGUUUCUUCCAAGGCCAGCGGCACCUUCUCCCGUGCCUCAUCGAACUCGACCAACACCACGGCCAGCAGCCCCCACACCAGCAGCGCCUAUCACGCACAGAAAACCUCGGCCAAGAUGCCCCCGCCGGUCCCUGCCGCGCUGUCGUCAUCUUCUGCAGCAGCCACGAAGGAGCCAUUUGGACACGAACUGGCGCAGGUCACGGAGCUCGCUGAGGAGUUUGCUCUCAAGGCUGCAGACAAGAGCCGUGCUAUUGCUACGCAAGAGGAGAAGGACCUCGCCUCUCGAGGGUUGUACAAAUUCAGCCCCGAAGAGUACGUCUCUGAUAUCCAGAGUCUGUUCAGCACCUUCUUUGGUGGCGAG